GAUACAAAAGAAUUGUGCUUGUCAUUAGAGUAUGUACAGACAAUAUUACUUCUAUUGUCUGUCACGUAUCAAGUCGCCAAUUCGAUACAAGGUUUGCGGUCUGACAUCCUGUCCCCUGUUUUUGGAGUGGUUUGUUCCAUGGGAUCCAUGCAGAAGGAAUGAGGCCCUGAGCAGCCAGAUGUGACAGCAUCACACUCAGCCAUUGAAACCUUUACUGUGCAAUAUUCCAGCCCAAGUCUUGCCAGCGGUCCGGAGGCCGACCAAGGAUCGCCUCCCGAACAGCUUCCAUCCCUUCUCUUCCCGUUUUGAGCCGUACCAGACACACAGGCACCAUGGUGGACCUCGAAUACAUUGCCAUGUUCCUGAACACCCUGACACCCAAGUUCUAUGUUGCGCUGACUGGGACCUCCUCCCUCAUCUCUGGACUCAUCCUGAUUUUUGAGUGGUGGUACUUCCGGAAGUACGGUACUUCCUUCAUCGAGCAGGUGUCCCUGAACCACCUGGGACCGUGGCUCGGUGGGGUGGAGAACAACAACAACGGAAACAACAACACAAACAACUCACAGAACAACAAUCAACAGUCUGUUCCAGAAUGUAAAGUGUGGCGAAAUCCACUCAACCUGCUACGAGGAGCGGAGUACAACCGUUACACGUGGGUGACGGGGAAAGAGCCGCUGACGUACUACGACAUGAACCUAUCAGCGCAGGAUCAUCAGACGUUCUUCACAUGUGACACGGAUCACAGUCGGCCAACUGAUGAGUUGGCCUGUGUUCCCUCAGCGGUCAUGCAGCGAGCGUGGCGGGAGCGGAACCCGCAAGCGCGCAUCAAGGCCGCUCACGAGGCCCUCGAAAAAGAUCCCGAAUGUGCAACUGCUUACAUACUACUUGCUGAAGAAGAAGCCACUACCAUUUUAGAGACGGAGCGACUGUUCAAGCAGGCGUUAAAAGUGGGGGAAGCAAACUACAAGAAGAGCCAGUCCACACAGCAUCUAGGUGCACAUUACGAGGCCAUACAUAGACGGGACACGAAUGUGUGCGUUUAUGUACGGCGCAGACUUGCCAUGUGUGCACGCAAGCUGGGCAGGGUGAAGGAAGCCGUCAAGAUGAUGAGAGAUCUCAUGAAGGAGUUCCCCAUGAUGAGUGUGCUGAACAUCCAUGAAAACCUGAUCGAGGCUCUGUUGGAGCUGCAGGCGUACGCUGAUGUACAGGCUGUACUGGCCAAAUAUGAUGACAUCAGCCUACCAAAGUCAGCCACCAUAUGUUAUACAGCAGCGCUGCUAAAGGCUCGAGCUGUCGCAGACAAAAGCUUCCCUUUUGCAUCCUGUAGGUUCUCGCCAGAGAUAGCGUCCAAACGGGGGCUGAGCACGGCGGAAAUGAACGCGGUGGAAGCCAUACACAGAGCCGUGGAGUUCAACCCACAUGUGCCAAAGUACUUACUAGAGACCAAGUCGUUGAUCCUCCCGCCGGAGCACCUGCUGAAGCGAGGGGACAGCGAGGCCAUUGCGUACGCCUUCUUCCACCUGCCGCACUGGAAGAGAGUGGACGGAGCACUCAAUCUGCUGCACUGCACCUGGGAGGGCAGCCCCUAUGGUGAGUCAGCAGUAGGAGAUGCACCGUGCCAUGCAUUCCGGAUGAUCCCGUAUCCCCUGGAGAAGGGUCACCUGUUCUACCCCUACCCCAGCUGCACAGAGUCUGCAGACCGGGAGCUUCUGCCUGCCUUCCACGAGGUGUCGGUGUACCCUAAGAAGGAGUUGCCAUUCUUCAUCCUGUUCACAGCCGGCCUGUGCUCCGUCACGGCUCUGCUGGCUCUCCUCACACACCAGUUCCCUGAACCCAUGGGCCUGGUGGCCAAAACUUUCCUGAACACCAUCACGUCUCCCUUCAACUUCCUGGUGGAGAAGCUGGAGGGAGUUCUGCCCUCCAACCUGUGGCACCAGCUGACUCGGCUGUGAUGGAGCCGUCAACAACACGCGAACGCCACCUUCCAGUACUGAAAACACAGACGUCUUCUACCAGUAGACAAAAGUGCCAUGGAUAAUAUUAAAAGCAGUUUAAUGCUGUCUAAAUCUUGGGAGUGAGAGGGGGGCUUCUGGCACAUUCAGGGAUUUCACAACUAGCUGGUACAACAGUUCUUUUAGAUGAAGAAACUGGCACAAGGCAAAGAAUCAUAAUGGUUCCCUUUGGACAUAAUCUCUAAUUUUGGUACUUGUUCUCAAGACUUAUGACAAUGUUUUUAUCAUUAGCAGAACAUGCUGCACCUGCGCAAAAUGUGGAGCGUACUGUACAUCUACAGAACAUGUGUUCGUGAGGACGUCCAUCUGUAGUUUUCAAAUAUCGUGUUGGAAAAGAUAUCUGCAA